CAGACUUUGAUGUACACGUCAGUCUGGACUGGUGUCAAACCAUUGGUUGUCUUGUAUCACGUGUGCGAGUCUGAAGAUGGCGUCCCCAAAUGGAGGUGAUGAUUUUGAGUCUUCUCUGCUGAGCUUCGAGAAGCUGGAUCGAGCCUCUCCAGACCUCUGGCCAGAGCAGCUACCAGGAGUUGCAGAAUUUGCUGCCUCCUGUAAAAAUCCGAUCAACAAUUCACCCCCUAAGUGGAUGGCCGAACUGGAAUGUGAAGACAUUGAGAUGUUAAAAGAGCUGGGGAGUCUGACUACAGCCAACCUGAUGGAAAAGGUCAAAGGGCUUCAGAAUCUAGCCUAUCAGCUGGGCCUGGAGGAGUCCAGGGAAAUGACCAGAGGAAAGUUCCUGAACAUCUUGGAGAGAGCUAAGAAGUGACCUGCUCAGGAGGCAUCUGGCCAGAGACUGGAGAACAGGCUGGGCCUGACCUCUGACCCAGGUCGGACCUCCUGCCUUCGUGAAUACACAUCACCACCACCUCCUCCCCACCUGGAUGUCAGAGACUUGGUAUUGGGGCCCAGUUUGAGCCCUCUCCCACUGAGGACUGAGUGGUAUGAAGACACUAAAGGGCUGCCAUCUCUUUUUACCCUGAUGUCCUCAUCUGUUGUUUUCAAAACCACUUCUGUCUUUUCUUUCACCUGUUGACUUGAGACUUGAGAGUCUAGAUGACCUAUUUAUUAUUUUAUUUCAUCCAUUUUUUACAUUAUUUGCAUUUCGUCAAAUUGUGUAAUAAAGUUGUUAAAUGAAAUGUCAUAUUACUGUGACCGAAACCCAUACUUGA